AUGCGUUUGCUGACUUCGACGAUCUUGGGACUACUGGUGUGUUGUACGACUGCGCGCCUUUCAAUAUGCGGUGCCAAGGGUCCGCAAGCGCUACGAAACAAAUACAAUGAAACUGGAGGUGGAGGGCUCUCCCUACUUCCAAUGUGGCCAGAAUUGUUUACAAUCAAAGUCUACUUUCAUAUCAUCACUUCCACAACAGAAGAGCAUGGGCUCUAUCAUCCAUAUAUGCUCGCCAAACAAAUGGAUGUUUUAAAUACAGGCUUCGCUCAUGGGAAGUAUACCCCACUGAGAAGAGCCAAGUUCAAGUUCACCCUCGCAGGUGUGACCCGCACGGUCAACUACAACUGGGCACACGAUAAUCCUAACGACUACAAAACCGAUUGGUCGCCGAAUGAGAAGCAAUACAAGAAAGCGCUUCGAAAAGGUGGCUAUAGCGACGUUAACGUGUACAUCUUGAGCCACAUGCAUGAAGGAGAGCUGCUCGGCAUCGCUACGUAUCCCAGAGCGGAGCCUAUCAGAUGGGCUGAUGGGAUCAUCCUCCUUGCGAGCACGAUGCCAGGAGGAUCCAAGGAAGGAUUUGACCAAGGUAAAACUCUUGUGCACGAGAUGGGCCACUGGUUGGGUUUAUAUCAUACCUUUGGGACGGGCUGUGGAGACGGUCCGUGUAGCUGUGAUGGGCCAGGUGACUACGUCGAUGACACGACAGUGGGAAACCACGUUUAUCGAGGCGAUUGUACUGCGGCCGUCAACAGCUGCCCAGACCAUGUUGGAUACGACGACAUCAGUAAUUACAUGAAUUACGGGAAAGAUGUGUGCGACAUGCACUUCACGGCUCUUCAGGGCCAGAGGAUGCGAGUGCUUUAUGGUAAUUUGCGGUGGAAGAGAUGGGAAUGA